CCUCACCAGGCUGCCACUUGCAGAUGGAGGCCCACCAACACUCCCCAGAUAGCAGCAGUGAGGAGUGCACUGUCCUGGAGGCUCCGCCCGGCAAAAACGCCUGCCCACAACAUGCAGGGAAGGUUGCUGACUUGUACUGCUCUGCCUGCAAGUGCGCACUGUGUGAGGACUGUCUUCCCGACCAUGCAGAGCACCCUAAGGUGGCCCUCAGCCAGGCCCUCGAGCAGCACCGCAACAACCUGCAGGAAAGACUGGGUGCUGUUCAGGACAGACUCCCUCAGAUUUCAGAUGUACUGUCCUUUGUUAAAGAGAUCCUCCAGCAGCUGACCAAUCAGAGGGCUUCCAUUGAAGAGGACAUUCAAUCAAGCUUCGAGGACUUACACAAGCAGCUGGAUGUUCGAAAGAGUGUACUGCUGAUGGAGCUGGAAGUUACAUACGGACUCAAACAGAAGGUUCUCCAAGCCCAGAUAGACAGUCUUCUACGGGGAGAAGGGGACAUCACAGCCACCUGUACCCAGGCAGAGGAGGCUCUGGCUGGAGAACCCUGUGUGGCGAGCCUGCAGGUGGAGCGAGAGCUGUGGGAGAGGCUGGGUGAGCUUGCUGGUCUUGGUUUGCCAUGCCAGCCGGAAGAGAAUGACCAGCUGGAUCUGGUGAUGGAGACAGAUGGGUUAAGGAAGUCCAUACACAACCUGGGGACUAUUGUCACAACCAGUGCGGUGGCAAGCCAGAGCGAAGCCAUGGGUGCAGGUCUUGAGCAAUGCAUUGUUGGGCAUCCUGCCUCGGUUACCAUUGUAACAAGAGACAAGUCAGGGGGAGCCUGCAAGAGUGGAAAUGCGAUCCUCUCUGCUGAGGUAUUCACACCAGACGGCAGCAUAGUAGAUGGUGAGAUAGUGGACCACAAGAACGGGACUUAUGAAUUUGUGUACACGGUGCCAAAGGAGGGUGACUUCUCACUGGCUCUCCGUUUGUAUGACCAGCACAUCAAAGGAAGUCCCUUCAAACUGACUGUCACCAAGACUCUAGAGGCUGAACUAGACGUUUCUCCCUCUACAACAACGGCAACCAACUCAGCUGCCAAUGCUACGCCGUCCACUGGGUCCUCUGAAGGAGCAAAGAGACGAGGAAAGUCACCUGGUCAGAAGAAGAAAGGCUCAAAGAGGGCUAGCAGUGCCCUUGGUACCCCAAGGCGCAAAACUCAGAACCCCAUUGAGGAUGACCUCAUUUUUAGGAUCGGAACAAAGGGAAGGAAUAAAGGAGAGUUCACCAAUCUUCAAGGAGUAGCUGCCUCUUCCAAUGGUAGGAUACUGAUCGCUGACAGCAACAAUCAGUGUGUCCAGAUUUUCACCAAUGAGGGAGAAUUCAAGAGUCGUUUUGGAGUGCGGGGACGAUCGCCAGGUCAGCUACAGCGCCCAACUGGUGUAGCCGUGCACCCCAGUGGUGACAUCAUCAUUGCUGACUAUGACAAUAAGUGGGUCAGCAUUUUCUCCUGUGAGGGCAAAUUCAAGGCAAAACUUGGCUCCGGAAGACUCAUGGGACCAAAGGGCGUGUCUGUGGACCAAAACGGUCAUGUUAUUGUGGUUGACAACAAAGCUUGUACUGUCUUCAUCUUUCAGCUGACUGGAAAGCUUAUUACCAAGUUUGGAAGCCGGGGCAAUGGUGACAAGCAGUUUGCAGGUCCCCACUUUGCAGCAGUGAACAAAAACAAUGAAAUCAUUGUGACAGACUUCCAUAACCACUCUGUUAAGGUUUUCACGCUUGAAGGAGAGCUUGUAUUGAAAUUUGGUUCAAAUGGUGAAGGAAACGGCCAGUUCAAUGCUCCCACUGGUGUAGCGGUGGAUAUUAAUGGGAACAUCAUUGUAGCUGAUUGGGGCAAUAGCAGAAUACAGGUGUUUGAUGGCAGUGGCUCCUUCCUGUCCUAUAUCAACACAUCAGCAGACCCUCUUUAUGGACCCCAAGGUCUGGCUCUGACUUCAGACGGACACGUUGUAGUGGCUGACUCUGGCAAUCAUUGCUUUAAAGUCUACCGCUACCUACAAUGAUGGAGGCUUGCAUGAUGAUGGGGGAUGGUGACGUGGACGCGGUAGACAAGUUGAUGGUUUAAACGAAGCGACAGAGUGAGCACUGUCAAAUAAUAUGAAUUACUGCAUGAGCCUCUAACUGCUCCCUGUGAAUGUGGAAAAUGGGAUAGAAGGGAUGAAAAAGUCAAAGAAAAAGUGCUCAGUUCCCAUUCUGGGUUUCAACCAGAACUCAUGAGGGAAAUACCUAAUUUGAAUGUUUUUGGUGAUUAUUAUUAGGUAAGAUCAUAAAAAAAUAAAAAUAAAACAAAACAUUGAUAGCAGACGAGUCUCAAGAGGGUUUAAGAUAGGCUCAAGUGAAAAUCUCAAUAAUUUCCAGCUGUCAUACAGACAUUGAAGAAUGGGAUGUAGAUAAAAGUUAUGCAAUACUGGUUCAGAGAUGUCAAAUUUGAGAGGUUCAGUGUCUAUAAAUGGGCUAAUGAGGAAAGCUUUAGAUAAUAAUAUUAAAAAACUAAAACCAAACAAAGGCUGCAAGAGAGAUGAUAAUGAUUUCUUCAGAAACAACUGCUUACUAAAUUUAUGAUGUGGUCAAUGAGACAUAAAAAGAAGCAAAGGCAUUAAUAUGGACACAAAGGGACAUAAUGGAAAUAAUGUGGAGAGAAUGAAUUGAAAGACUGAAAGUUUUCUAAUGUUCUGCCUUCUUGUGCUGUAUGUAAUACACAAAAUAAUUGCUUAUGAGCUAAAAGAGACCUAUGUCUUCCAAUUCCAUUACAUAAUUAGAGACUUCCACUGUGGAUUUAGUGCCACACUUUAACAGCCCUUGAGCAAAGCACUUAACUUAAAGCUAGCCCAGCUGGAGAGGACUGCAGAUGUGCUGAAGCAUACAAGAUUUUAUUUGUAAAUAUGACAAAAAAAAUUUCCAAAUUUAUAAGACAUAGACCACUUUUAGCCCAAAGUGCAUUGUUUGUACAUUAGGAUUGUUUGAACAUGGAAUGUUAUUUUGAUCCCAUAUAACAGUAUUCUUUACAAAUCUUAGGUAAUAGAUUCAUUAUUAGAAAUGAUUGCUUGGCUCUAAUUCUGACUGUCUGAAUUAAUGACUGAUUGACUUGAUUUGACAAGAAGCGUUGUGUGUCUAUGCUUGGUUUGAGUGUUCAGAUAUUUUUUCCUGAUAAAUCUGUUGCAAUGAGAAAAAAGUGAAAAAUUUAUCCUAUAUAUUUGUGAAGAUACGUUUAAUAAUAUUGCAUAAGCUGUAAUCAACAUAUUUGGAAUCAGUAACAGCAGCCGUCUUUUGCAGGAACAUUUGCAGGUCUGGUGCCCUCAUGAGCCCUUUGAGCCAUUGUGUUUCCAUUGCAUUGUAGGAUCAACUGAUUUUAUGAUGUGAACAAACCCGUUUUACAAUGUCAAGGUCUGUGAUACCAAUUCACAACGCAUAAGUUAACAGAACUGAUGUCCCAUGAGAUCAAAACAACAACAACAGUGACAACAAUGAAGGGGACCAGGAUGGUUGCUGCAUUUACAUUUAAUGUGCUCCCUAGAACUCCUCGCUAUGUCCUGCUGUUGAAAUGCCCUAUUUUUACAUAUUUCUCUAUGCUUGUCACCAUGGCAACAAAAUAUCAGAAUUUGGGGGAAGGAAUUCUAGAAUGUCUCUAUUCAUUCUUCCUUAUUGACAAGGAUACAAGAAUGCUUUAAGAAUUCUGAAAAACUGCUGUUGCCCGCUUGUAAAAUUCCACAUAUUCUGUCAAAAAAGAGAAUACCUCAGUGUUCUAGAAGCAUGCCUCUGUUGUUAUGUAACUGUUGACAUCAAACAUAUCAGACAUCUACCGUGAGCUCCCAUUUUACAAGUCUAAGCUAAAAGACAAUUUACAGUAACGUCAGUAAAGUAUAUUUAAAGUAAUGUUAAAGUCUCAAGCAUUAGCCAUUUACAUUCGGAAAAGUGCUAUAUGCCAGUAAUAAUGAAACUACAAAGCAUUUACAUAAAUUGUUGAAUAGGCAAGACAAGAAUUUAUGUUAUUUCCAUCUGCAAUGAGUUGGGGAAUAUUAAUAUACUGCAAACUUCUUUGUUGAUUGUGGUAGUUUAAGUGGCAUCACAUCAAUUACUUACACAUUUAGUUUUUACUGAAACAGGAAUUAAGAAACUCAUCAUUAUGUUCACAGUUGGUCAGAGAUUCUCUAAGUUAUAUAUUUUACUACUUCUAUUUAUUGCUUAUUUAUUAUUUAUUUAUCUAAUUAGUUAUUUUCACCUUGCCAUUCGAUUGUGUUACACCAUGUGCAUUUAAAUUCAUAAGUGCCCGUUGCAUUUCUACUUAUUUGACAUUUCAGUCUUUAGGCUGUAUUGAAAUGGGACUGGGAUUAGAACUGCUGUUAAUAUUUUGUGAAGUUUCCUUAGUUUUUUUUUUUUUUUUUUUUUUAAUUUUUUGUUAAAUUAAAAAAUCAAGCUUGUCAGUUAGCAAAAACAGCUCAUUAGCAACUCAUUUUGGGAUCAACAACACUUUUAACUCAAAACUAAUAAGUUAGUUGUAAAAACAGUGCAGUGCAAUGACCAACCUUAUAAAAACAUUAGCUUUAAAUGGCUAAUACUGCUUGUUUCUUACAUAACUGAUUACAAGCUAACUUAUUAAUUUUGACUUGUUUGUAGCCCUCAGUUUGAUGUUGAAUGUUGAUCAUUUUUUCACAUAGAAACAACAAAAUCACUUUUAAUAACAAUGAAACAACUUCAUCUUCAAUACAAUGACAGUAAUUAUUAUUCAGUCCAGUAAAAAAAAGUUUGGCAUCUCCUCGUUUGUCAGUUCAUGGAUUUGUUGAGACUAUAUUUUCUAACAUAAGCAUCCUGUAAUGCUGCUAAGUGUCAGAUUUUGCUCAUCAACUUGAAAUAAGAUGUUUUGAUUUGUUGGUACUAUUGAUUGUUUUAAAGAAAUCCGACUGUGUUUCCUAAUGUAACCUGGGCUUUGUUUACUGGAUAUUGAGCCUUAAUGUUGGUAUUGCAUAUGAAUGUUGUUUGAUCUGGUAGAAUUGCCUUCUCAGUAAUUUUGAUGUGAUGAUCGUUUUGGAAAAAUACAGUAAACAAGAUUUAAUUAGAAUUUCAGACACAAACAGCUCAUUUGUAGCCGACACAACCAUUGCACAUUUUCUUUUGGAAUCCUGAAAAAUAAAAAAUAAAAAAUGCCAUUGCACAUAUGUACAAAUGUGGGUGUUUUACGUGUAAGAUUUUUAGCAGAAAAUGCAACAGCAUUGUGUAUUGCACUGGUUUGACUUUUUUUUUCCUGCAAUCCUAUUAUGGUGUUUUAGAAGACAGCUUUCAAAAUACUGAUCGCUUUCAUACAGUGUCACUUUCAAGGUCUUUCUCGCUCUGUAACUGCUGUCAUGUCUGUUUACUGUUAUGGGCUAUGACUUAAUAUCCAC